AUGGCUGGGAAAAGCAGUAUUGUCGAGGAGAGGGGGUUGCUUCCUCGGAAAUCUCCUCAAGAUAUGUCGAAACCAUCUAAGCCAGCGCCGGUGAGGUUGAUGGACCUGCCAAACAAAUCUCAACUUUUCAUACUCGCACUCUGCCGCCUCUCCGAACCUCUAUCCAACACAUGCCUCCUGCCAUACAUUUACUACCUCAUCAAAUCCAUAAUCACCUCCGACGAUGCGAAUGCUCCACAAGAAAUAUCCAAAGUCUCCGGACUGUUGGUGGCAGCAUUUCCUCUCGCCCAGUUCGCGACAAGCAUGCUAUGGGGUCGAGCAUCAGAUUUCUACGGAAGAAAAUGGACAAUCGUAAUUGGAUUGGUGAUGAGUGUGAUUGCAAACGCUGCGUUCGGAUACUCAAGAAGCAUUGGCGCGUUGAUGUUUUGGAGAGUUCUGGCUGGUAUUGGAAAUGGAAAUGUGGGGGUGAUGCGGACAAUGACUGCGGAGAUUGUCAAGGAGAGGAAAUACCAGACAAGAGCUUUCUUGAUCCUGCCCUUGGUAUUCAACUCCGGCAUGGUCGUCGGGCUCGCUUUGGGAGGAUGCCUCGCAGAUCCGGUUGUCAAUAUGCCUUUCUUGUUCGGCCCAGAUGGAUUGUUCAAUCUAUACUCCAAUCCUGAUGUCAGUCUUUUCCUGGCAUUCUUUGGGAUGCGCGAAACGCUUCCAGGCAAAGAGAACGACAGAGAUAUCGGAGUUGCGGUUGGAUCUGCUUUAACUCGAUUUUCCUCUCGGGCGAUUUUCCGAAAGCGAACAGCAGGUUAUUCCGCAAUUCAGUUGGAUGAAGUAUUAGAGUCAGAAGAAAUCAAAGAGGCCCGACCUGCAAGAUCACUCGCAUCUGGACCACCUCCGUCUCGACUAGCUUUCCGGGACAUCUGGACUCGAGAUGUGUUGGUCACGCUUGUUUCAUUUGGACUUCUUCCAUUGCACAAUGCUGCUUUCAUGCACAUCUUCCCGGUAUUCCUAUCCACUCCAGCUUCAUCAAAUGCGGACUGGACUCUCCUUUCGUUUACCGGUGGACUUGGUCUACAAUCCCGUUCUAUUGGGAUCUGGCUCUCACUUUUUGGACUAUGCGGGAUCUUCCUUCAGUUGUUCAUCUACCCAAAAAUGCAGGCUCGUCUCGGAACGCUUGGGUGCUUGAAAGUUGCCCUGUUCAUGUUCCCGUUGGCAUACCUAUUCGCACCAUACCUUUCUUUGCUCUCACACGGUGGGGUAGCAAGAUGGAUUGGUAUUGCUAUCAUUCUCUGCGCACAGGUCAUGGCUCGCACGAUUGCAAUUCCAAGUACAGUCAUUUUAUUGACGGAAUCGGCACCAACAAAGACAGUUCUUGGUACGGUUCACGGAGCUGGAAAUAUGCUUAGCAGUCUUGCCAGAGCUAUUGGAAGCGCGGCUGGAGGUUGGGCGUUCGCACUCGGAAUGGAGAAAGGAAUGGUUGGCGUUGUUUGGUGGUGCUACCUAUCAGUUGUCGCUUUUACUGCUCUGGCUUGGUCAUUUACAAUGCGCAAAGAGGUCGAGCAAGCCCCGGUACCAAAGGGGAGACAAGAUCUGGUUGUUGAAAUUGAGCCUAAAGAUGUGCCUAUAGAAGAGAGUCGCCGUAUGCGGUAG